AUGGGCUUCGAACCGCCAGCAGACGCACCGAAACUCGCUCUCCCAAAGAGCUAUGCCGACCUUCCCUUCACCGAGAUCAGGGUCACCAACGUCCCCGAAUCAUCCUCAAACGUGACACCGAUCGUCCUCGUAACCUUAUACCGUCCCACAAGGCACAAUGCCUUCACCACGACCAUGAUGCGCGAGCUGGAACUCGCCUACACCCUCUUCGAUAUCGAUGACCGGGUCAAAUGUAUCGUGCAGACCGGGCACGGGAGGAUGUUCUGUGCGGGCGCGGAUCUGGACACUUCGAUAUUCGAUGGCGGGGACGAGUCGGUGCGGGAUCACAGGGAUGGUGGUGGACGGGUCGUCAUGGCGAUCAAUCGGUGUCGGAAGCCGACCAUUGCUGCGCUGAACGGGAGUGCGGUCGGGAUCGGCAUCACGAUGACCUUACCCAUGAACAUCCGCAUCGCGUACGAGGGCGCGAAGGUCGGCUUCGUCUUUGCGAGGAGAGGCUUGAUCAUGGAGGCGGCCAGUAGCUUCUUCUUACCGCGACUGAUCGGCAUGUCGAAAGCUCUCCACCUCUGCACCACCGGCGCGACCUAUCCCGCCUCCCACCCGCUCCUCUCCACCCUCUUCUCCGAAACCCUCCCCACCGCCUCCGCCGUGCUGCCCCGCGCGCUCGAGAUCGCCAACGAGAUCGUCGCCAACACCAGCCUCGUGUCCACGAACCUCAUGAAGGAGCUGAUGUACCGCGGCCCCGACAGCCCCGAAGCCGCCCACCUCCUCGACAGCCGCAUCAUCUACGAGCUGUUCACCAGCAAGGACAACAAGGAGGGCGUGGAUGCGUUUCUACAGAAGAGGCCGGUCCGGUUCAAGGGCACCAUGCAGAACGAUGCGCCGCCGACGUGGCCGUGGUGGAAUGCGCCGAGCACAGCCAAUCGACCGGUCGAACAGAGUUAUAAAUAUAAGGCGAAGCUGUAA